UUUUUUUUUUUCUUCUCAUUUUUCAUGUUUUUUUUUUCUUCCUUCAAUUAUUAAUUUAUUAUUAUAUCAGAGAUCUCGUUUCAAUCAUAUCUGUUAUCCCUUCAAAUAUUACUUCAUCAGCCUGCUCCUUCGGCAAUCUCUCUCUGUUUUUUUUUGGUUUCUGUAGAGCGAAUUGAAUUCAAUUCCAUCGCCGUCGCACAAAAUCUCGGAAUAUUUGAUUUGAUCGCUAUCGCAUCGCCAUGAGCUGGUGGUGGGCAGGCGCCAUUAGCGCCGGAAGGAAGCUGGCCGUCGGCGAGGACUCUGUCAGAGCCUCCAGAUACCCGAGCGUCGCCCUCGUCGUCGGCGCCACCGGCAUCGUUGGCUCCAGUCUCUACGACAUUCUUCCCCUCUCCGACACCCCCGGCGGUCCCUGGAAGGUCUACGGCGUCUCUCGCCGCCCCCCGCGGCAAUCCUUCCUCUCCCCCAAUCUCGUCGACGCCGUCGCCCUCCCCGUCGAGCACGUCGCCUGCGAUAUCGCUGAUACCGCCGAUGCCCUCGCGAAGCUGUCGCCGCUCACCGACGUCACCCAUGUCUUCUACGCUGCGUUCUCUCGCCGAUCCACUGCCGCCGAGACCCGCACCGCCAACGCCUCCAUGCUACGCAACGUCCUCGCCGCCGUGCUCCCCGCUGCGGCGAAUCUCCAGCACGUGUGCCUCCAGACCGGCCGCGAUCAUUACCUCGGUCCCUUUCGAUCCACCGGCGCGGCCGAGGCGAUGUCGGUGGAGCCCCACGACCCGCCCUUCCGCGAGGACAUGCCGCGCCUCGAGGCUCCCAAUUUCUACUACGACCUCGAGGACGUCCUGUUCGACGAAUUGUCCAAGAGAGAGAGAGGCUCCGUUUCGUGGUCGAUCCACCGCCCCACCACCGUCUUCGGCUUCUCCCCAUGCAGCAGCAUGAACCUCGUCGUCACCCUUUGCGUCUACGCCGCCAUCUGCCAAAAGGAAGGCGCGCCGCUCCGGUGGUUCGGCGGCCGGGCGGCGUGGGACGGAUUCAGCGACGCGUCGGACGCCGACCUCGUGGCCGAGCAGCAGAUCUGGGCCGCCGUCGACCCCUACUCCAAGAACGAGGCAUUCAACUGCAGCAACGGAGACGCGUUCAAGUGGAAACACCUCUGGGCGGUGCUGGCGGAGCAGUUCGGUGUGCCGGCGGUGGGCUACCAGGACGAGGGCGGGAAUCGGCUCAAGCUGAAGAAUUUGAUGCAGGGGAAGGAGGCGGUGUGGGAGGAGAUCGUGACGGAGAACGAGCUGGUGCCGACCACGUUGGAGGAGGUGGCGAACUGGGCAUACGCGGAUGCUGUGCUGGGCGUGGAGUUGGAGCACCUCGACAACAUGAACAAGAGCAAGGAGCACGGCUUCUUGGGCUUCAGGAACUCGAUAAACUCUUUCAACGCUUGGAUUGAUAAACUGAAGGCUUACAGGAUUGUUCCAUGAUGCAUCGUCGUCUUCUCAAUUAAUUUUCUAUGCCGAUUUUAAAUUCUCAGAAUUUCUUAUCUCAUUGUGGUUUUCGUCUGGUGUGGAAAGCUCGCUGCAAGAAUAAUCCAAAUUGAGAGUUCAAUACAAUUUCCAAAUAAAAAUUGUACUCCUUAGCACUCGAUCUUUGAAUUGUUGAAAACCGAUUUGUUAGCUGGCUUUCCUCUGCCACACUGUUUUUUGUCUGG